AUGCUGGUCGACGGAGUCGUUUACGUAGAUAAGGGCCCACACCAGCUCCGCAGCUCGGGCCCUCAGCUUCGUCGCAUCCGUCGUCUAGUAGUUCCUGAACAUCCGAACAUUACUCCUAAGCGGCCUGAGACUGAUUGCGGUGGUGAGAACGACGUGGUCGCUUUGCCCAGCGCUGCUGCUGCGACUACCAUCUCCUCUAGCUCGUGGAGCUUGGAAACGUAUGCUGGUCCCGAUGACAAUAUUGGCUGGCCGGAUGCGGCAUUAGUUGAUUCCAUUUGA